AUGCGGACGGCCUGCAGCCUCAGUCGUGUCGGCGGCGCCCGACUCUGUACCGCGCCUCGACUACAACCAAACGCUCGAGCGACACUGGGUAAGGCACAACGGCGCCUUCUCUCAAAUUGCUUUCAAAGACUUCUACCUUCUGUGGAACCGGGCGACUUGUUAGGUCGAGCCCAACAUGAUGAGGGGCAGGCCGCCCUUAGAAACCGCUUCGUGGAACCUACAACCCCUAAAUCGAAGCUCACCAACGCAACAUCAGACCGUACCUCUGCGGAUUGGGGGGGAGAUAGUGUUGACUUUGCUACGCAUUGUCGACAACCAGACUCAAAUAAUACAGAAUACGAUGGCCGUACAUCACGGUUCCGGGCCAGACCAGCAAAUCCAAAAUCCCCAACUCCACGAAAGCAUGCCCGACAAAUAUUGAGCAAGCCCAGAGCUAGGAGAGGCCCAAUGAGCGAGCAAGAUAUGCACCAGCAAUGGGGUUACCUUCGUCAUCAGUACUCCGGGGAUGAGCUGCUAACGAGGCGGAAGGCCUUCAAUUCGUGGAAGGAAAAGUUCUACAAGGUUGCCCGCAAUCGUGACCCGUCUUGGCCUUGGAAAAAGAGUAGUCAAUGGCUAGUAGAGCACGAGACUGUUGCAAGCAUGCGCUUAGCUUGGCAAGAACUAGACAAUGAGUCUCGACAGAAACAGUGGCCACGAAUCAUGCUCUCCACGAUGUGCAUCUGUCCAGAGAAGACGGCCAUGGUUUUAGAAGCCACGCUGGACCCCUGGCCUCCCGGGUACGCCAUCAACGAUGCUUUACUGUUUAUCAUGCAAAGGCUAGAUCUUGCAAAGGCGAAGAAUAUCCGCGAACGAACUCUGAAAGCUGAAGAGGUAGCGGAUUUGCUUCACAAAAUAAUAGUGGACAGUCGCAAACAACAUGUUCCAUUCACCCAAAGGCUGUUGGGACUGUCCGCCAAGAAGCUGCCCAGCGAACAAGCUUCCGAGCUGUACUCUCUUCUUCAGCGGUCAGAGAUCAAGAUCCAUGCGAAUACCAUGAUACAAUUUGCCAGCAAAUUAGCUAAAGACCCUAUCCACAAAGCAACUGCCUUUAAGAUACUCCAGGCAUUAUCUGAUAGCGGUGCCGAUUUGAACGAGGCCCGGCCAUCAAGCGUCAUUACUUCAUUGCUUCACUGUCAAGUACCUGAAGGAGUAGAACCAGUCCCAAAUCAUGCCUUCUCUCCGAAAGAUGCUCUUGAAUAUUUUGUACAAAGGGGGUUUACGUUGAACCUGCUUAGUGCAACAGCUUUCCUCGAUACCCUUUCCCAGCAAGGAGAGGUUGACGAGGCAAUACGACUUGCAUUGCUCUUCUCUGAAUCCGGCAUUCAAUUGGAUCGCAAGGCCUGGGCAACCGUGUUCAGAGGGGCAAAAACCACUCGUAAUGUUGCAACUGUUGCCAAGGCGCUGGACGUGGCCAAGGUGGCAGAUGUUCCAUUUGUGGAGGUCCUGAACAACGCGCUUCACAGUGCUUUUCAUUUCGCCGGGAUGGAAGCGGCGGAGAAGAAGAACCAGCUUCGGUCUCCCCAGCCGAACCUUUUCGGGCCUCUGCUGCGUAUAUACGCCAAGAAAUUCGACCUCCAACCGCUUCAGUGGUGGUUGCCAGACUCUCUGCCGUUGUACCUAGCGCAAGGUAUUGGCCAGCAAGGCCUUGUCCCGGGAAAUGCAUCACAAACAAGAUGGCAAUUUGAAACUACCAUAUUGCCAUUUGUGGAUCAACUGUUCUCAUCAGGCGAUGACACAAAGCUGCAGCCAAACUUGACGACCAUCGCAAUCAUGAUGCGAGCCUACAUCAGAAAUCUGCGGCAGCCCUACGACCUAAUGGCAUACUACCAAUUUUUCAAAUCAAGACUAGAGGAACAGAGCAAGGAUGCCUCUAUUCCGUCAGCGUCCCGACUGAUCAAGAAUCAAGGCAGCCUCAUACACGACACUCUCAUCUUCACAAUGACAGAGCACGGUGAACUCUCACGUACCGCUCUCCAGGUGUUCGGCGACAUGCUCAAGGACCAGCUGCACGCGAAUGCGGCAGACGCUGGAAGGGUUCACGUGGAAGGCGACGGAGUGGUUGUGACAGCGCCGGUUCACCCAGCACCGACGGUGUUGACGUUCACAAUCUUAUUCCGGGGCCUGAUGAACAACCGUGACCGGAUGCUGGUGGACAAAAUCGUUCAGGUUAUGCGUGAGAACGGCAUUCAGCCCAACUUGGCGACAUAUAACACCCUGACGAGCGGGUAUGCAUCCAUGCAAGAUGUCGCCAAGACGGUCAGCACGCUGCAGGACAUGGAGGCAGCGGGGUUCAAACCUGAUUCCUACACGUUCAAGGCGUUUUCAAAAUUGAAGGACCAGGAGAGAGCGCUUCAGAUGAUGGAGGACAUGAUUGAAGUUAACCGACAUGGGAUGGGUGCAUGA